AUGAUUCAAAGCUUUUGGAGCUUUGCUUGGCCACAGGAGAAGGAUGAGUCACCGCAAUCCCCGGAGACCAUUCCAGAGGAGAAGCGAAGCUGGGCAAGUGUCUUUGAACACUUCCGGGAGAAAGGUGAAAACUCUGAGACGAAUUCGGCUUCUUCUGACCUGAAGGCCUUCCGCAGCUUCGCCCGACGCGCGCAUCAGCUGCUGGAGCGACAGCAGCAGAGGGCAAUCCAGAGCCGUCGAGCUGCGCUACAUGAAAGCUCCCUGCGAACGGAGCGCUUGAGCCUGGCGCUGGCUGAAGCGGAAGAGUUGGAAGACCUUCUGAAGCAGGUAGAGCCCUCCUCGAAGGUGUCUGAGUCCGACGUCGAGCGGCUCUCGGGCUGGUCGACCUCAGCCUCCUCGACACGGGCGAGUGGGGUCAGUGGGGCAAGCGGCUCCAGUGGUGCAGCAAGCCAGCCGGUGCAGUUGUUGUCGGGGUGGGAAGGCGAAGAUGUCGAAGCUAGGCAAAAGUUGGGGCUGCUCCAAAGUGCCAUGUCCCAAGCUGCCGGCGAACUGCGCUCAGGGCUUUUGAGACUGUCCAAAGACUCACCCAAAGAAUUGUCAGAGGACUUUCCAGGCAUACUGGCAACCUUCUUGCCCCAGUUGGCACAAAGCUGCGCCGAUGCGAUGCAAGUGGGUGAAGACGAUUGGGCCACCGCAGAAGCUUGUCUCUUGGAGGCCUUGGCACAGACCUCACAGAUGACUAUGACGCUUGAGCCUGCAGAUCCAGAUUUCUGCAUGCCUGACUUGGAUCAUAGUACUCUUUUCACCGAGAUGCCCGGAGUGCAACUUCUCGAGGAGCAGCAUGACCAGCGGGCGUUGCAGAAACUCUUGGAGAGAAUCGAGGCAUUGAGCCAACGUUUUCAAUCCGAAGCGCCGCCGCCCGUGCCCGAAGCGGCGCGAGGGCAAGGGCUCAAGGGGCUCAAGGUCCAAACGCUCCGGAGUGCAAAGCUGGAUGAGCUAGAGGGGCAAGUGCAGAGGUUGGUGGAGGAGAACCAAGCUUUGGAAGAGAGGUUGGAACAGGAGCGAGCGCGUGUGGAAAGCCCUCCAUUAGGCUGGGCCAGUUUCAGUAAAAGAUAUCCUUUUCAACCCUAG